UUUGGAUCUACUGCGUAUCUUUUAGCUAGAAAUUUUAGACAGUUGAAGAAUUUAAAGUUACCGACACCUGCUUCCAUUGCAGGUGCCUUAGUAGUCGAUAUUGGUCUUCAUGCAUCUCGCCUGGCCUACCAGUUUAAUAUAGCUAAUCACACGAGCCAUGAUCGUGCUGAAAUGUUGGCUUGGCGUUUAUUAGACUUGAGAAAGAAAUAUGAUUAUUUGCGAGUGGUAGGACAUUCACUAGGUUGCCGACAUAUUGUAGAAGCAUGUUCUCUUAUGGACGCUAAUGAAAGGCCAGAUUCGGUCCAUUUGUGUGCACCCGCCCUGGUUGCACCAGAUAUUAUCGAUCAAAUCAAAAAAGACAGUGGUGGUUUAGGUAAACAAACAGCUAUUUAUUAUUCGCAAAAGGAUAUUACUCUGGGUAUUUUACUGCGUAUUUUACUCAAGGGCGAACAAGCUGUAGGGGAAAUAGGAUUACCGACCCAAGUAGGGUUUGACAAAGAUUGGCUCGAUCCUUCUGUCAAAGCCAUUGAUGUCAGUUCCUCUUUAGGUGGUUUUUAUAUUGGUGCACAUACUGAUUAUGCUGAUAAAUUUCAUUAUUUUGCUCAACCCUAUUAA